AUGGAGUCGUCCAAAAAGUUACGGGAUCCCUCCGCCGAACGAGAAAGAGGGGACGACGAGAGAGUCGCGCUGACCGUGACUUUCGCUCUCCGCGGCGGGAGGAAGAGCGGCACCUCCCGGGCCGCCAAAGUGUUCGAGAUUGUUGAAGCUAAAAUCCAUCAUCUUGAAAGCAGAGUAGCCAAAACAUCUGAGAAUAUGACUGAUGAUGACCUUGAAUUUUUCGUGAAAUGUGAAGUUCUGAGCUCUGAAGUCAGCAGUCUUGUGAAUUCCUUAAAGAGAGUGGCAGAGAAUGUGAAAUACAACAGAGAAGAAAAAGCUUUGUGGUUUCCAAGAAGGAUACGAGACCUUGACAACUGCCAUCACCUGAUCACUAGAUAUGAACCUGAUUUGGAUCAUGAGCAUCCGGGAUUUGCUGAUCCAGUAUACAGGAAGCGGAGAGCCUUCAUUGCUGACUUGGCAUUUAACUUUCGACAGGGUGAUCCUUUACCGAGAGUUGAAUAUACUGCCCAAGAAAUUGCUACAUGGAGAGAGAUCUACCAGAAGCUGAGAAGUCUUUACCCUACCCAUGCUUGCAAGCAAUACCUAGAUGGCUUUCAUCAGCUUGAAAAACACUGUGGAUACAGAGCAGGAUCCAUCCCUCAGCUGCAAGCCGUCUCUACAUUCUUAAAAGAAAGAACAGGCUUUCAGCUGAGACCAGCUGCAGGGCUUCUGUCUGCUCGAGAUUUCCUUGCUGGCCUGGCUUUCCGGGUCUUUCAAAGCACACAGUACAUCAGACAUUCAUCUUCCCCAAUGCAUUCCCCAGAACCUGAUUGCUGUCAUGAACUCCUGGGCCAUGUUCCCAUGUUAGCUGACAAGGAAUUUGCACAGUUCUCACAGGAGAUUGGACUAGCUUCUCUUGGAGCAUCUGAUGCAGAUAUAGAAAAACUGUCAACACUCUACUGGUUUACUGUUGAAUUUGGCCUCUGCAAACAAAAUGGAUCUAUCAGAGCCUAUGGAGCAGGUCUCCUUUCCUCUUAUGGGGAGUUGGUGUAUGCUUUUUCGAAGAAGCCAGAAUACAAACCUUUCGAUCCAGAGGUGAUGGCAGUCCAGCCUUACCAGGACCGGACUUUCCAGCCUGUCUACUUUGUAGCAGAACAUUUUGAAGAUGCAAAGUUUCAGCUACAAAAAUAUGCUCUUCGGAUCAAGAAACCAUUCUCUCUCCAUUACGAUCCCUUUACUUCCAGCGUAGAAGUUCUUGACUUGCCACAAAAAGUCAAGGAAAUUCUCUCUUACUUGAAAGAUGAACUGCAAAAUCUCUGUCAGGCUCUUGAAAAGCUUUCAUAA